UUUGUAACAAUUUUAAUGCUGACCUCAAUCCGUUACAAAGAGAUUGGGCUGGUUAAAAUACACAUAAGUUAUAACACAGUGUUGUUUUCAGUAAAAUGUACAGGGUAAACCUAAAGUCGUAUGAGUCUACUUAAUGUGAUAAAACAGUUUAAAAACUAAGGGAUUUUUUUUACAUUCCUUUUAAAAAUAAUCACUUAUUUAUUUCGCUAGAAUUGCAAUGCACAUAUGUGAUUCCUCAAACUUCGAGCUAAACGAUCUUUCUCUUUCAAGCAAUGAUGCUCUUUGCUAGGUGUUCUGUGAAAAACAAUUUUGAAAUUUCCAUUCAAUUGGUCUCUUUAAUUAUCCUGGAGCAAGCUAAAACUUUACUUCAAAGUAUCAUCAAAUUAAAAAAGUCAUUUAAUAAUAAGUUAAGAUCCCUUCUUUUGUUAUCUUAUCCUUAAUUGAGAAAGCAUUUCUUCUUUUUUUACAAAAUCUUUCAACUGGUAUACAAUUUUGAACUGCUCAAAACCUUCCUGUUAAAUUAUAACCAACUGAUAAGAUUAUAGCAUGCGAUAUCUUGUUUACCCCCAUAAAAUUCGUCUAAAUGCUAUAAAAUAUUGUUUAAAAUUUUAUUAGAAUUUUAAUCGUAUGUAUUUUGUUACCAAGGUAGUUUAGCUUCCGUAAUUUUCAAGUAGUUCUGUUACGUCAAUCAUUCUACCUUUUGAUUUUGAUUGUAUUAUUUGAAUCUCUACAGCGCAGAAACCGUCAACGAAAUGGGUAGAUAUGUUGUCUUCGAUUGCGAUGUCGGCACCGAUGAUGCGUGGGGUCUCAUGAUGCUCAUCAAAGCUGAGGAAGCUUUUAAAAAGCAUGCCGAUCUUGCGGAUUCUCCAGCAAAAUUUGAAAUUAUCGGCGUUACAUGCGUGCAGGGUAACACCACGGUCAAUCAAUCGGUGAUUAACACGCUUCGUGUGCUGAAUGCAGCCAAUAGAAAUGAUUUACCUGUAUAUAAAGGUUGUGCUACACCAAUUAUACCAAGGCAGUGGAAGAAUACCCAAAUCUUUCAUGGUGAGGAUGGUUUCGGCGAUGUGCAUCAUGAAACGCAGGUCAAUUUGGAUUUAGUGCGUCCGGAGCAUGCGGUGAAUGCGAUGUUUGACUUUGUUUGUAAGCAUCCGAAAAAGGUUGACUUCUUGUUGAUGGGUCCGCUCACCAACUUUGCAAUGUGCAUCAAUAUGUAUGGUUCAGAGUUCUUGGACAAAGUUGGUAAAAUUUAUGUUAUGGGCGGCAAUUAUAGAGGUAAAGGCAACAUCACAAAAAGUGCCGAGUUCAAUUUCAUGAUGGAUCCAGAGGCUGCUCAUAUUGUUUUAGCCAGUGUAGACACACCAUUAACAAUACUUCCUUGGGAAACCUGUAUCGAUGGCGAAAUCUACAUAACACUUGAUUGGCGCUUCAAUGUGCUUGGUUCCAUACAAACUCCUUUCAUCGAAUUGCUGAACCUUGUGGAUCGCGCCGUUUUUAUACCCAAAGGUGUCAAUCGUUGGAUAAUUUGUGAUGCCGUAGCUGUAGCAGCAUACCUUUUCCCACAUUUAACGGUAAAAGAGAGUCGACACUAUCAUGCAACCGUUGAACUGGCCGGCACUCAUACACGAGGCCAAAUGGUGAUCGAUCACUUAAAACAACAAAUGGAUAAUGCAUUGAUAAUUACGGAGGUCGAUGGUGAUCAAUAUAAAAAAAUUAUUGCCUGGACAGCGGGAUUGGAUGGAAUGGAUAUGGCAUCGGAAUUAGGUAGAGCUGCGUAAUAAUUGUUUUUAAAAAGCUCGCUUCAGAUUAUCAGUGUUAUUUGGAAAUUAUUAGAAUAAAUUAUUUUCCGUUCUACUGUCUACGUGGCAUUUUUGGUUUUUAUGUUGUAUGAAUUAAUACAAACUGGUUAUGAAUCUAGGAUCACAAAAAAAUUAUACAUAAAUUAAAUUAAUGAAAUUAAAUGCACUCAAAUUGGUAUACAACAUUUUAAAUUGGCUUGGCUUCGCCCACUUAUGGGUCAAAUUGU